AUGAAGCAACCUUUGGAGCAAAAAGACAAGAACAAGCACUGCGCCUACCACAGGGAUUACGGGCAUGCGACUAACAAUUGCAGGUCCCUUAGGCGGCAAGUGGAAAAUAUGAUAAUAAGAGGUGAGUUGGCAGACUACCUCACAACAAAGGAGUACGUGAAGCCCCGGGACGUCAAUCCUCGGAAAGUAGAAGGUAAUCAAGUGAAGGUCAUCCAUGCAAUACAUGGGAGAUCGGAGGAUGAUCAAGAGUCAGAGGAAGUGUAUAGAUCCAAACUGAAGGCAGCCCAUAAGCGAAGGAGGUUAUCCUCGAUGAACACUAUUACUCUGGGCAAUAUCAAUAUUGGGUUCGGCGAUGUGGACUUAUCCAGAGUUCAGCUCCCCCACGAGGAUCCGUUGGUCAUCAGUCUCUUGGUGGCAAAUUACAUGAUCAAGAGGGUUUUGAUAGACCUGGGUAGUAGAGCUAAUAUCAUCACGAAGGUCGUCUUUGAGCAGCUGGAGAUUCCAUCAUCAUCAAUUCGGCCCACCUCUAGCCCCUUGAUGGGAUUUGAUGGCACAAAGGUAAACCCCCUCGGGGUAAUUGACCUAUCCGUUACUGCAGCAAAGAGGACACUGAAGGAGAACUUUGUUCUAACAGAGAUCCAUCCCUCUUAUAAUCUUAUUAUGGGACGAGGCUGGAUCCACCGAAUGAAUGGGGUUCCAUCUACCCUUCAUCAAGUGAUGCGAUGCUUGUCUCCGGACGGUAAGGAGCAAUCACAGAGCCCUUUGCCCAAGUAUCUGAAAGUAGAGGAUAAAGAUGAAGCUGAAGCUACAAAGCCUACUGAGGAAUCCCUCGAAGCUGUUAAAGUAAUCCUCGGUGAUCCUCAGAAGGUCACCUGUAUAGGUUCUUCCCCCAUAACCGAAGAAAAGAAAGCGUUAAUUGAUGUCAUACAACGGAACGCAGAUGCAUUUGCUUUGGAACAUUCAGAUAUGGUAUGA